CCCACUCAGAGCUGGUGAGACAAGUGUAAGCUGACGCCAAACCCCACCGCGUCACCCUCAGAGAAGAGAAAAAGAGGUGGUCCGGAAUGUGUUUAUGCGAUUGCCGAUCCCGUGGAAGAAGAGGCGAUUGUCUCCCUUCAGCUGUACCAACCAUCUCCUCUUCAGCAGCUCCAACCCCACCAGGCUAAUCACCAUGUUGUCUUCUCCUCCUCCCCCUCCCUCAUCAAAUUCCCUCGCUUCCACCCACCUCCAAUCCUCCCCACAGAAUCACCAGCUGACCUCCAUACUGGACCAAUGCAAGACCAUGAAAGAAUUGAAGCAAAUCCACUCCCAGAUGAUCCGCACCGGUCUCAUCCGCUCCCCCCUCGAACGCCGCCGGCUCCUCUCCUUCUGCUGCACGCAUCAGUCCGGCGACAUGGACUACGCUCGCCUCCUAUUCGAUGAAAUCCCCAACCCAGACCUCUUCGAUUGGAACUCCAUGAUCAGGGGCCACUCCAACCGCCACUCCCCCGAUGCCGCAGUAUUAGUUUACGUGGAGAUGCUAGCACGAGGCUUCGUGCCCGAUGACUACACCCUCCCUUUCUUGCUGAAGGCCUUCACUCGAGACGCGGCCGUUGGGUUGGGGGACGAGCUCCAUGCUCACGCGCUCAAGUUUGGUCUGAGCUCCAAUGCCCAUGUUCGGAACGCAUUGAUCCGUAUGUACUCUACUAGCGGGGAGAUCGAUACUGCUCGUGAGCUAUUUGAAAGGAGUUCGAAGCGAGAUGCGGUUAUGUGGAAUGCUAUGAUCUCUGGCUAUAAUAGAAGCAAACAAUUCGUCGAAUCACUCAAACUUUUUGAGGGGAUGGUGCAAGCUACUGUGACUCCGACGCCGGUGACUUACAUUUUGGUGCUAUCAGCCUGUGCAAGAUUGAAAGAUCUGGAGUACGGAGCUCGAAUCCAUGGCAUCAUCAAGGAAAGCAGGAUGUUGCCCAACUCAAAGUUAGAGAAUGUGUUGAUUGAUAUGUAUGCUGAAUGUGGGGAUAUGGAUGAGGCCUGGAGAUUGUUCGAGGGCAUGAAAGUCCAAGAUGUGAUAUCUUGGACGGCAGUGGUUGCUGGAUUUGCUAAUUCAGGAGAGAUCGAUCGAGCUAGAAUGCUUUUUGAUCGGAUGCCAGAAAGGGAUUCUGUAUCGUGGACGGCCAUGAUUGAUGGUUAUGUUCAGGCAAGCCGUUUUAAAGAGGCUCUGGAGGUUUUUCGUGCAAUGCAGUUUGCAAAUGUCAGGCCAGAUGAAUUCACCAUGGUCGGCGUGCUCACCGCCUGCGCACAGUUAGGUGCACUUGGAGUGGGGGAAUGGAUAAGGGUUUACAUGGAACGCAACAAGAUCAAAAUCGACAUCUUCGUGGGCAAUGCUCUUAUUGACAUGUAUUCAAAGUGUGGUAGCGUAGAGCGUGCUCUCGAGAUCUUCAACCUGAUGCAUCGGAGAGACAAGUUUACAUGGACUGCGAUUAUCAUGGGUCUCGCAGUGAAUGGAUGUGAGGAAGAGGCUCUUGAUCUCUUCUCCAAAAUGCUCGGAACUUCAGUGAGACCUGAUGAGAUAACAUACAUUGGUGUUCUCUCAGCUUGUACUCAUGCUGGUUUGGUGGAAGAGGGCAGAGAGCUCUUUUCUAGCAUGAUCAAUAUGCAUGGGAUCAUGCCCAAUGUCACACAUUAUGGGUGCUUGGUAGAUCUCCUUGGCCGAGCCGGGCAUCUAAGAGAGGCAUUGGAGACCAUAAACAAUAUGCCCAUGAAACCAAAUUCCACUGUUUGGGGAGCUCUCCUCGGGGCUUGCAGAAUUCAUAGGGAUGUCGAAAUGGCCGAGUUGGCUGCUAAACAUCUUCUUGAGUUGGAGCCUGAGAAUAGUGCUGCCUACAUGCUCCUCUCCAAUAUAUACGCCAAGUGUCAUAAAUGGGAUGAGGUGCGCAAGGUGAGACAGAUGAUAAUGGAUAGGGGAAUUAGGAAGACACCUGGUUGUAGUCUGAUAGAGGUGAAUGGGGAAGUUCAUGAAUUUGUUGCUGGAGAUAGGUCGCAUCCAGGAUCCGACGAAAUUUACUCCAAGUUGGAAGAGAUGAGCAAGGAGUUGAAAUGUGCUGGCUACGUACCGGAUACUUCAGAGGUCUUUCUGGAUGUAGGAGAAGAGGAGAAAGAAAAUGCUAUUUAUUGGCACAGUGAGAAGUUGGCAAUCGCCUUUGGACUGAUCAGUUCACAGUCGGGUGUUGCAAUUAGAGUUGUGAAGAAUUUGAGAAUGUGUUUUGAUUGUCACAGUGCAAUAAAGUUUGUGUCCCAAGUUUACAGUAGAGAAAUUGUCGUGAGGGAUCGAACCCGCUUCCACCAUUUCAGGGGUGGAUUGUGUUCUUGCAAUGAUUAUUGGUAAUUAAUUUUGCAUCAUGAAUAAACAAAGCAGUUCUAGGGUUUCCAAAAAAC